AUGCAAAGACGGAGAAAUAAAGUUAAAGAUAAGCCGCCCCCGGACCCACAUCGAGAGUACUUGGACGCCGAGUUCAGCGAUGAAGCGCCCAGUAAGAUUUACGAGAAAAAUAUUAAACGCACCCACUUCACCGUUUCAACUUUCCCGAUUUUCCGCUCCUUUCCCGGUUCCGCUUCUUCGUCCGCCUAUUCUAUUUUCGACACUUUCGGAUACGUCGUUUUCAACUUCUCUGUUUCGUACGACUUCGUCGCACAGCGUUCUCUAAUUCCGCCGUUAAAUCCGCCAAAGAUGCUGCAGAAUCGAUCGUGCAACGAGCAAUGUGAAGAAGAGGAAGUGGACAUACGACCGGUAUAUGAACCGGACGAAUUAAACGAAUUGAUUCAGUGUGUUAAGGAUAUGACGACGCUGAGCGGUCUGACGGACGACGAUUGGACGUGGAAAUGCGACAUGGACAUCCGCGAGUUCUUCCACGAACCGAGCAUUCCGGUCCUCUGCAUUUAUCACGUGAACGGCAGUCUGACCACAGAAUUUUCAUUUCCUACGGUGCCCGUGCACGAGUUAACCUACUUCGUGAGACAACCCAACGAGAUCCUCCACCCGGAGAACUUUCACGAGCGCAUUCUCUUCGGGUCGAUGAACGAUAGGAUAGAGAGUCACAUACUGAGCGUCAUCCAGAACGUAUUCGCGCCGAUUUUCUUCGCAAUUGAAACUUGGCCGGACAGUAUCCUUCGCUACUGGUCCCGUCUCUGCUAUCGCAUUUCCGUCAAACUAUCCAAUUAA